AUGGUCGCUUCAUCUUCUGCAGUGCCUUCACCAGUCCUGUGUCCCCGUCCUCAGAAUGCUGUAACACCAGAUCAUUAUCCAAUGGCACCACUUGGACUAAAUGGUGGACCUCUUUCUAGUCAUACGGGAGCUGCUUCAAGCGGGAUGCCAUUCCGAGGACAGUUUAUGAAUCAUGCCAUACAAAUGGGUUUGCCACCGCAUAUGUCAGACGGGUAA